AUGGUGGCUGCAAAGGAGAUGAAAAAGCCACUGGAGUCUAUCUACUCUGGGCUCCAAGUCAUCAUGAAAAGUGGAAUGUAUGUGCUGGGGUACAAGCAGACUCUGAAAAUGAUCAGACAUGGCAAAGUGAAACAGAUCAUCCUUGUCAACAACUCUCCAGCCUUGAGGAAAUCAGAAAUAGAUUAUUAUGCCAUGUUGGCCAAAACUGGUGUCCAUCAGUACAGUGGCAAUACUAUUGAAUUGGGUUUAGAAUGUGGAAAAUACUGUGGAGUAUGCUCAUUGGCUAUCAUUGAUCCAGGUGAUCCUGAUAUCAUUAGAAGCAUGCCAGGACUGACUGGUGAAAAGCAAAACAUGCAAAAUUCUUCUUUAAUGAAACUGGCCAGAGCUUGUUUAAAAUAA